AUGCUACGAACACCACCCCUGCUCAACUCACACAGCCCUGUUCCUACAACUCAAGACCAGAAAUACGACGUCAUAAUCAUAGGCGCCGGUUUCUCGGGCAUCAGCGCUCUCCACCGUUUCCGAUCCGACUUUGGCGGAGCAUGGCACUGUAACCGAUAUCCCGGCGCACGUGUUGACAGCGAAACACCCUUCUACCAACUCAGCAUCCCCGAAGUCUACAACACAUGGACCUUUUCCUCGCGUUUCCCCGAUCACCACGAGCUGAGAAGGUACAUGGCGCACAUUGACAAGGCGCUCGGACUACGGCGCGACACAACAUUCAACGCAAGAGUGUGUGGUUGUACCUGGGACAACAGCAUCGCAGAUUGGACGAUCCGAACUGAGUCAGGAGUGACAGCCAGAUCAAGAUGGCUAGUCCUAGCAACAAGGCUCCUGCACAAACCAUACACCCCCUCCUGGCCCGGAAAAGCCAACUACAAGGGCCUUCUAAUCCAUCCAGCACAAUGGAACGAAGGCAUCAGGGUAAAAGGCAAAAAAGUCGCCAUCAUAGGCGGAGGAGCAACAUCCGUUCAACUCACCCAAGAACUAGGCAAACAAGCAUCCCAUCUCACACUCCUCGUACGUCGCCCAUCCUACUGCCUCCCCAUGGUGCAAAAAACAUGGUCUCCAGAUGAGAUAACCGCUUUCCGCGAUAACCUCCCCGUACUACUUGCCGCCGCACGCGCUUCCGCCGUCGGAAUACCGAACACACGGUUGAACAAGCGUGCACAAGAUGUCCCCACCGAGGAGCGAGAGAGCUACUUUGAGGAGAUUUGGGCGGCGGGUGGUAUGCAGUUCCUGCUGCGAAAUUACAACAACAUCAUGCUGGAUAAAGAGGCGAAUGAAUUGGUGUACGAGUUUUGGAAGAAAAAGUACGAAGCGUACGCCGUUGGAGCAAGAUUACUACGAUGUACUGAAUCAGGAGAAUAUUGA